GUACGAAUAAAAGUACCGGGGACUUAUCUUCUUCGGUUCUUUCUGCUACGCUGUUUCUUUUUCCGGUCUUUGAAUACUUUCAGGUUUGGAAAAGCAUAGUACGAAUAAAAGUACCGGGGACUUAUCUUCUUCGGUUCUUUCUGCUACGCUGUUUCUUUUUCCGGUCUUUGAAUACUUUCAGGUGCACAAAUGGCGGGAAAGGGUGGGAAGGGUCUAUUGGCUGGAAAAACAACUGCAGCAGCUGCUGCAGCAGCUAACAAGGAUAAAGAUAAGAAGAGGCCAACUUCCAGGUCUUCUCGAGCUGGUCUCCAGUUUCCGGUGGGAAGAAUUCACCGGCAUCUGAAAACACGAACAUCCGCCAACGGACGUGUGGGAGCCACCGCUGCGGUCUACUCAGCCGCCAUUCUGGAGUACUUGACUGCUGAAGUGCUUGAGCUGGCAGGAAACGCCAGCAAGGAUUUGAAGGUGAAGAGGAUCACGCCACGUCACUUACAGCUGGCGAUCCGUGGUGACGAGGAGCUUGACACACUCAUCAAAGGUACGAUUGCUGGAGGUGGUGUCAUUCCUCACAUUCACAAGUCCCUCAUCAACAAAACCACAAAAGAAUGAGAUGUUGAUGUUGAUGUUCCAUUUUGGCUUCUUCAACAACACUCUUGAGUUGACUACCAUUGACUGCUUUAGUUUGUAGGAUCUUGGAUUAUGGUAAGGAUUUAUGUAGUUUGACUUUGAUGUUAUUUAGUUUUUAUCUUGUAGAAUUCAUGUAUAUCGGCUUCCUUGCAU